AGUGACAGUUGCUGGAGCCUGACAGGUCACAGGACAGCUGUUCGAGUUUGUGGAUGUUUUAGUGGUUUUUGCGAGUUUGUUUUGUAAUUAAUGUUUUACAAGCAAACGUAAUUAGUAAUAUGGAUAAGUAUGAUACGUCUCAGCUUACAGAGUUCCCACGAUUUGAGCCCGAAUCGACGCAAAGCGGUGUGUCGACGUUUCUCAACAAACUGUGGAGGUUUCCACUGUUCUCGCCCAGCGAAACUACUGAAAAUUUGCAAGACAAGGCUGCAGGGGAAAGAAAGCAGAGCAGCCAACAGUCAGAUGAUUCAAAGAAGCAGGAUUAUGAGGAUGCGAAGACCGAAACAGGAUCUUACGCCGUGGAAUUCGAAGGGCGAAGUUUGCCCAAUGUUUUGAGGCGGAUAAGCAGUUUGAUCGCUAUGGGCUCAGGCGGUGGUACCAGAUAUGCGGACACCGAGCUGGCCCGCUACUGGAUGCCAGACGACAUCUCCCGCGAGUGCUACGAGUGCGCCACGCGAUUCAGUACCUUACGGCGCAGGCAUCACUGUCGAGUUUGCGGGCAGAUAUUCUGCUCGAGAUGCUGUAGUCAGAGGGUGCCAGGGCAGAUAUUUGGUUGCGCAGGUGGGCUACGCGUAUGCAACUACUGUUGCAAUGUAGUCCUAAGCUACCUGAGAGAAAACGACCUCACUGGCGACAUAUCGCCCGACUUGCGCACUUUGCAAGAGAACCUGCAGGUGAAAUUCCCCGAGAACAAGUCGCAGCCAAUGUUCAAGGCUCGCGAGCAUUUCAUGUUCGCUCGCGAGCAGGACGAGCGCGAACCGCGCGUGGCGCCCACCGAGGCGCUGUACGAGCUCUACCGACACCUGGCGCACUCGCUGCCGACGCAGCAGCACAGGUACCGAUUGGUGAGGUACAACGGCGUGUGGCGCGGUUGUGACAUCCUGCAGUGGGUCAUAGACAACACCAACCAUAAAACCAGGUUCCAGGCGAGCCAAGUGUGCCAGAACCUUCUAAGUUCAGGCUACAUGGAGUGCGUGUCGGAACUGCUACAGUUUGCUGACUACGCGCUGUACCGCCCUACUGCACUGCCCUCUAACACCCAACAGGAAGACUCCAGCCCGGAGGAAGUUGAAAGUGCUGGCCGACUAGUCGAGAGCGUAUCGUCGUACUGCCUGGAUUUGAACCUGGGAAACAACUCUGCUCGGCUCAUAAAGGCUCCUAAAACUGCAGAGACAAAAUCAUCGCCUUCUAGCGAAGAAGAGAAUCAACCAGUCCUGGAGCAAAGUGAAGGCCACACAGAAUCAGCGAGCGUGUGCAAGGCCAUAUCAGUAUCAGGGGAGGAGCAUCUUCGGCUUCUGAUGCGGCAGUGCCUCGCACGAGCAGCGUUGCCCGCCGCCUGGUUACCAGCGUUGUUUCCGCUGUGCCGCCAAGCUUGCGACCUCAUCAUGCCUGAUCUGUUCAGCACGGACAUCGACCCGCGGCACUACGUGCAGGUCAAGAAGGUGCCGGGCGGCGAGCCGCGCGACAGCUGCGUCGUGCGCGGCGUCGUGCUCACCAAGAACGUGGCCCACAGGUGGGCGUGGGCUCCUUACAGACGCAGCACUACGGCAGGCCCAGGAGCCGCGCGACAGCUGCGUCACGCAGCACUACGGCAGGCCCAGGAGCCGCGCGACAGCUGCGUCGUGCGCGGCGUCGUGCUCACCAAGAACGUGGCCCACAGGUGGGCGUGGGCUCCUUACAGACGCAGCACUACGGCAGGCCCAGGAGCCGCGCGACAGCUGCGUCGUGCGCGGCGUCGUGCUCACCAAGAACGUGGCCCACAGGUGGGCGUGGGCUCCUUACAGACGCAGCACUACGGCAGGCCCAGGAGCCGCGCGACAGCUGCGUCGUGCGCGGCGUCGUGCUCACCAAGAACGUGGCCCACAGGUGGGCGUGGGCUCCUUACAGACGCAGCACUACGGCAGGCCCAGGAGCCGCGCGACAGCUGCGUCGUGCGCGGCGUCGUGCUCACCAAGAACGUGGCCCACAGGUGGGCGUGGGCUCCUUACAGACGCAGCACUACGGCAGGCCCAGGAGCCGCGCGACAGCUGCGUCGUGCGCGGCGUCGUGCUCACCAAGAACGUGGCCCACAGGUGGGCGUGGGCUCCUUACAGACGCAGCACUACGGCAGGCCCAGGAGCCGCGCGACAGCUGCGUCGUGCGCGGCGUCGUGCUCACCAAGAACGUGGCCCACAGGUGGGCGUGGGCUCCUUACAGACGCAGCACUACGGCAGGCCCAGGAGCCGCGCGACAGCUGCGUCGUGCGCGGCGUCGUGCUCACCAAGAACGUGGCCCACAGGUGGGCGUGGGCUCCUUACAGACGCAGCACUACGGCAGGCCCAGGAGCCGCGCGACAGCUGCGUCGUGCGCGGCGUCGUGCUCACCAAGAACGUGGCCCACAGGUGGGCGUGGGCUCCUUACAGACGCAGCACUACGGCAGGCCCAGGAGCCGCGCGACAGCUGCGUCGUGCGCGGCGUCGUGCUCACCAAGAACGUGGCCCACAGGUGGGCGUGGGCUCCUUACAGACGCAGCACUACGGCAGGCCCAGGAGCCGCGCGACAGCUGCGUCGUGCGCGGCGUCGUGCUCACCAAGAACGUGGCCCACAGGGGCAUGCCUCAAGAGAUCGAGAACCCCACAAUCUUGCUGUUGGACUGUUCCAUUGCCUACCAGAGGGUGGAAGGGAAACUGACGUCAUUAGAACCGGUCUUGUUGCAGGAACAACAAUACCUAGUCCGUUGCGCAGCGCGUAUCACAGCCCUACAGCCGAAAGUAGUAUUAGUCCGCGGGGGCGCAGCCCGGGCCGUGCAGGAUGCUCUCAGGGCCGCGGGCGUAGCCCUGGCCGCCAGGCUCGGGGACAAAGCCCUGCAGAGAACAGCCAGAUGCUCAAGAGCUGAUCUCGUGGCUUCUAUUGAUGCUAGGAUCGGAACGCCUAGGCUGGGGACCGCGGAGAGAUUCUAUAUUAAAAAUUAUUCAAGCAAAACCCUGAUGGUGUUAGAAGGCUGCGCAGAACCUCAGUUGGGAUGCUGCAUCCUCCUUCGAGGAGCGUCCUUACAAGAACUGAUUAGGGUUAAAAAAGUAGUCAAAUUCAUGGUACUAGCGUGCUACAACUGGAAACUAGAAAAAGCAUUCCUAGGUGAUAUAGAAGCUGUAUUACCCGAACCGGGUAUGACUUUUGAUGACGAUGAAGAAGAAAUUGCAAAAGAUAAUGACAAAGAAGGAUCGUUUUCAAUGAAUAAUGACGCUGGACCUAAUGAAAAGGAUACGAGCGUCGGUGAAUCCGACAUAAUUAAUGAUGAAGAGAAAGAUAAUAGUGACAAUAGCGAAGUGUUUAAAGAUGCUGUGUUGAGUGCCAAUGAUGCAAAGAGUAAUGAUUCGAAAGAUAAUGAUGCAAAGUGUAAUGAUUUGAAAGAUAACGAUAAGAAGGAGCCAGAUGAUCCGUUGCAGAGGACGAAGUAUGUACGCAAGGCGGAUAGUGAAAAAAACUUUAGCUGUGGGGUUCCGAUAAGGGAUUUUAGUGAUCCGCUAAGAGCAACCCUGUCGGUGGACGAUGAUGUGUUUUUGCCGAAGGAAGAAGCGAAGCUGCAGGCUGACACGCACAGCGACCGCUGGUCGACAGACGACGUAGUGUUGUCCAUGUCUCCGCACACUGUAAUCCCCGCGCCGUACCUCGAGACGGAGGCGGGGCGUCGCUGCCCGCUGAGGCGCUACUUCCCGCAGCCGCUGCUGCCGCACGCCCCGCACACACCCCGCGCGCUGCACCGCAAGAUGAGCCGCCAACAAGACAGCGGGCCUGCGCUGAAGCGGGCCUGCGCUGAAGGUCAGUGGCCCCGUGUAGACGCAGGCGGGGCGUCGCUGCGGCGCUACUCCCCGCACACGCCCCGCGCGCUGCACCGCAAGAUGAGCCGCCAACAAGACAGCGAGCCCGCGCUGAAGGAGGUCCACCCAUUCAUCCAGAACCCUAUAACAGCGAGUGCGGACGACCCAGCGGUGCGGGCAGCGCUCGCCAACUACCGAGCUACUGGCUGCCGACUUGUUAGCGACAAACAUAAAGUCGAAUGCCCCCUCUACAAGCCGUCAGUGGUAAAGAAGACGGUCAAAGAGCCGGAAGAGUCAGAGAAGCAGACUGACAACGAGCCGCUGGACCCACUAGCGCCGGAGAACCACCAGCGGCUGGGCAUGCUGCUGUACAGCUACAGCAGCAAGUCCGCCAACGUGCCCGACUUCUGCGUCAACCCUUGUAUGCAUCAUCAGAAGCAGACUGACAACGAGCCGCUGGACCCACUAGCGCCCGAGAACCACCAGCGGCUGGGCAUGCUGCUGUACAGCUACAGCAGCAAGUCCGCCAACGUGCCCGACUUCUGCGUCAACCCUUGUAUGCAUCAUCAGAAGCAGACUGACAACGAGCCGCUGGACCCAUUAGCGCCGGAGAACCACCAGCGGCUGGGCAUGCUGCUGUACAGCUACAGCAGCAAGUCCGCCAACGUGCCCGACUUCUGCGUCAACCCUUGGAUUGUUAACAUGGAGAUGUACGGACAGCACGACAUAUCCUUGGGGGCUUUCCUGGAGAAGUACUGCUUCAACGGGGACUACAAGUGUCCCUCGAGCAACUGCCAAGUGCCUAUGAACCAACAUGUUCGGAGAUUUGUACAUGGCGAUGUAUGUAUUACUAUCACGUGUAAUACUAUCGGCCACAGUAACGUAGAUAAAAUCAAGGAAGAACAGAAUAAACAGGUGAUGUUCUGGUCGCGCUGCGAGUAUUGCGGCGCAACAGGGCGCGCGCGCCGCCUCUCCCGCGCGGCGCUGUCCCUGUCGCUCGCGUGCUACGUGCGCGCGCGCGCGUCGGCCGCCCGCUACGUGCGCGCGCGCCUGUGCCGCCACGCGCUGCACACGCACGCGCACGCCUUCGCGCGCCGCCUCACCACGCGCGGGUGUGGUACUGUAGCGCGCCUCUCCCGCGCGGCGCUGUCCCUGUCACUCGCGUGCUACGUGCGCGCGCGCGCGUCGGCCGCCCGCUACGUGCGCGCGCGCCUGUGCCGCCACGCGCUGCACACGCACGCGCACGCCUUCGCGCGCCGCCUCACCACGCGCGGGUGUGGUACUGUAGCGCGCCUCUCCCGCGCGGCGCUGUCCCUGUCACUCGCGUGCUACGUGCGCGCGCGCGCGUCGGCCGCCCGCUACGUGCGCGCGCGCCUGUGCCGCCACGCGCUGCACACGCACGCGCACGCCUUCGCGCGCCGCCUCACCACGCGCGGGUGUGGUACUGUAGCGCGCCUCUCCCGCGCGGCGCUGUCCCUGUCACUCGCGUGCUACGUGCGCGCGCGCGCGUCGGCCGCCCGCUACGUGCGCGCGCGCCUGUGCCGCCACGCGCUGCACACGCACGCGCACGCCUUCGCGCGCCGCCUCACCACGGCCAGCUUCAGAUAUAGCAAAAUAUCGUACUACGAUAUCCAACUGCCGCCUGAGGUGAUAUCCACCAAGUACGAUACCAAGAAGAUGCGCGAGGCGUUGAUACACCAACUCAACGAACUUAUGCUCAAAGGGCACGAAACGUUCAGCGCGCUGACAGACAGCGAGGCUGAGAAAGACAGCCAGAACUUCAAGCAGCACAUGGACCAGAUACAUCUCGCGUUGACUUCCGCCACACUAAGCGAACACACCACUUUAGCUGGUGUGGUGCGAAGCCUGUGGAGCGUAUCAGACCGCAUCAUAUCGGGCGAAAAGAUGCUCCGCGACGCACAGGACCGCUGGGCCGCGCCGCCGCCGCGACACAAGCCAGCGCAAGAUACCGCUGUUGAAGAAAAAUCUGACGUGGAAGAGUCUACUACCAGCGACAGUGCUAACAACGACAGCUCGGGCGAGGAAGACGAGGAAAAAGGCGACAAGAAAACAGUUAGACAGAUUCUGUCGCAACUGCUAUCCAACAACCAGCCUUCCCACCAGGUGGGCAUGAUCAUCUCAUCAGGCGUUAUUCCUGUAGUGGUACUGGCGGGAGAGAUCGGUUCCGUCAUCGCCGCCACCCUCGCCUCCGUUACAUACCAGCGGCACCAAUCGCAAAGUACACAAGGCGAAACAGAGGAGGCGGAAAACUCUGCCAACUCAAAAGAUAAAACUGACGGUGAUAAAGCUAAAGCGGCGAAAUCGAACGACCAUAUUGAAGUAUUACUGAAGGAUGGUCUGCUAUGCCGCGUGUACUACGCGCAGCAAUUCCAGCGGCUGCGACACAUGAUGCUUGCGCCUCUGUCUAGUAACCCACACAUCACCGACGAAUUCGCAAAUACGAGUGAACACACCGCUGGGGAUAACAAGAAGUGCUGCUGCGAGAAUAAGGAGAAGGACAACAAGAGCUUGUGUGAGAUCGAGGAAGGCUUCAUCCGCUCGCUGGCGCACUGCGUGCCGUGGGCGGCCAAGGGCGGCAAGUCGGGCUCCACCUUUUGUAAGACUAAGGACGACCGCUACGUGCUGAAGGAGAUGACGAAGCCGGAGUGGCAGCAGUUUCUGGAGUUCGCGCCGCACUACUUCAACUACGUCAUCAAUUGCCACCAGAACCAACAGCCUAGUCUCUUGGCUCGUAUCCUAGGCGUGUACAGCGUAGGCGGAGCGGGAAACGGGAUCCUCGUAAUGGAGAACAUCUGGUACGGCUGCGCGGGCGCGCGACGCUUCGACCUCAAGGGAUCGUCGCGCCAUCGCCUCGCAGCCGAUACGCAGCCGCUGGCCGUGCUUAUGGAUGAAAACCUGCUUAACUGUGAGUCUUUAUUGCGCAGGAAAUACUCCAUUUCCUUGGCCAGGCGACCUUUAACUCUUAAGGUCGCCUGGCGCGACGGCUUGGCCUCAAUGGAUCUUCCUGUCACCGCCUCACCGCCGAUACGCAACCGUUGGCUGUGCUUAUGGAUGAAAACCUGCUCAACUGGAAUAGAGCUCAAGUUUGCUUGGAUGAAGAUCCUGCUCGACCGUGAGUCCUAUGUCGCAAGGAAUAGAGUUCAAGUUCGCCUGGCGCGACGCUUCGACCUCAAGGGAUCGUCGCGCCAUCGCCUCGCCGCCGAUACGCAGCCGCUGGCUGUGCUUAUGGAUGAAAACCUGCUCAACCUUCUCCUACGAAUCUCCUCAUUUCUGAUUCAAUCACCUUCGAUCCUCGUAAUGGAGAACAUCUGGUACGGCUGCGCGGCCGCGCGACGCUUCGACCUCAAGGGAUCGUCGCGCCAUCGCCUCGCCGCCGAUACGCAGCCGCUGGCUGUGCUUAUGGACGAAAACCUGCUCAACUUGCGCUGGGAGACGCAGCUGUACAUAAUGUCGCACGCGGGCGGCGUGCUGUGGGCGAGCGUGGAGCGCGACACCGCCUUCCUGGCCGCGCACUGCGUCAUGGACUACUCGCUGCUGCUCGGCAUCGACAACCGCACGCUCACGCUCGGCCUCAUAGAUUACAUCCGAACGUUUACCUGGGACAAGAAACUGGAGCAUCUGGUGAAGAAGAACCUCGGAUCGGGACAGCCGACCGUGGUGUCCCCGGCCGACUACCGGCGCCGCUUCUGCCAGGCCAUGCGCAAGUACUUCCCGCACUGUCCCGCGCACUGGGACAGUCUUAUACAGCAGCCUGCGACGCAGCCCUAGCAUCACAGUGGGACACUGGGACAGCCUCAUCCAGCCGCCUGCGACCCAACCCUAGCAGUCAGUGGGACAAUGUUGAUGGCACAUCAACACUGGGACACUGGGACAGCCUUAUCCAGCCUGCGACGCAACCCUAGUAUUACAGUGGGAUAAUGUUGAUGUCCCGUGCACUGGGACAGCCUCAUCCAACAACCUGCGACGCAGCCCUAGCAUUAGUGGGACAAUGUUUGUGGGACAUCAAUACUGGGACAGCCUCAUCCAACAACCUGCGACCCAACUUGACUGCUAGAGUCAAGUGGGACACCGUUGACACAACCACGUACCUGUGUCAAUAAGCCGCUGCAGUAUUCGCGUAUUAUGAUGAUACUGGGACAGUUGUGGCGGAGCCCUCGAGUGGGACACCGUUGAGAUUAUCUGUAGUGUGUGCUUCAGUAAGCCGCUACAGCAUUCGCUUAUGAUAUUGGGACAGUUUUGGCAUGUCAGCUAAUUUUAGAGAUGUCGCCUCGUGGGGAAUCCUAGGUAAGUGUUUCAAAACGUCGAGAAAAACAAAUCCAAUGACACUGCGGAUUUCUAGUGAUUCAAUAGGAAAGAUUGGCUUAUUCCACUAUACCCCGUUGACAAUCCCCGUCAACUUGUUAGUGAACUUUUUGUUCACUAUUCCCCGUUAACGCCAAUUGGAACUUAUAAUGUUAUGCCCCAUACUAGUUUAAAGACGCUACAUGUAGUUUCAACGUGUCAAGUGAUGUCACACGGUCUCAAAAAUACUCAAAUAUUUAGUAGUAUAUUUUUGCAAACAAAAUAUGCAAUAACGCCUUAAAAUCAGAUUAUUAUAUUAACAUUGGUUAUGAAAGAAAGAACAUAAAUCGUUGGAUUUGUGCAUUAUACCGUAUUCUUGUAUUAAACUUUGAUCUGAAAUCUUAGUUGCAAAUUAUGUUUAUUUAUAUUUUUAAUAUUCUAUUAUUCGUAUAAGUUACCAAAGAGGUAAAUUUAUUUAUAUUAAUUAACAUUCCGUUACACUACAUGUGUAAUAUAAUAUAUAUUUGUAUAUUAUGUAAUAAUAAAGCAAC